AUGGAGGUUUGGGAUGACAACCUUCUUGAAGGAAUAGGAGAUGAAGAUGCAGACACUAGAAAAAUCUCCAUCGGAAAAGCUUGCUCCGACAAAGUUGACGCCGGUGAAGCCAAGGUUCAAGAAGAAGAUUUGGUGGUGGCGAUCGACAUCGGAAAGUGGAAGGAAUGGCGGCCGGUGACAAGAUUAGCGAUGACAGCCACAUGGCGGCGACGGGUGGAGCUCGAAGGCAUCAUAGAAGCAGCUAACGGCGACAGUGGACCCGAGACGACGGCAGCAGCAGCAGCGCACGCCAUGGCGGUCGUUACGGCUUCCACUGGCGGUUGGGAAAACUCGACCACAACGACGGCUCGAAAUCUCGCUUCCACCGGACAUGAAGGCAGCGGCAAGAGGAUAGAGGAUAGCAACCUUCGUCUUCGUCGGGAACUAGGUGACAACAGAGGUUGGCCGGUGUUCGCUUAG